AUGAAGGGCCUUUUUGCUUUGUUCUUAGCGGCGCAGGCCGUAGCCAAACCUCUUGGGCCGACUGGAGCCUCGGAUACUCCUGAUCCCAAGGAGAUCCAGAUCGUCAGCGCAAGUUUCUCGGGAAACCGUACGGUCAUCACCUUUGGCUUCGACAAGUUUCAAACCUACAUUGGACCGGGGCUCUCGGUUGCCGAACGCUCUAAGAACUGUGCUCUUCACCUUAGCCUCAAGUAUCCAGGUGGUUUCCAGUUCGCUCUUGUGGAUAGCACAUACCAUGGAUAUGCUCAACUUGAGGAAGGGGUCACUGGGACAUUCUACUCGACAUACUUCUUUUCCCAAGACGCUGCAGCCACUACGACAACGCAGACUUCCAUCACCGGAGGUGGCAUUUGGCUGGAUGGUCAGGUAUAUACCAAGCAGGAUACCAUCCCGACUGCGGCUCUCAUUUAUUCGCCCUGCGGUGCAACGGGCAUUCUAAACGUUAACAAUCGAAUUGCCCUUACGUCCAAGAACUCUCAGGCCUACGGCUCGAUCACCGAUGAUGAUGCCACAGUAGCGUUUACCCAACAGAUCAACAUUAAGUGGUUACCUUGCAAGAAGUAG